CCGACGAGUCGCGCGCUCAGAGCCGCUGCUGCCUCACACGCCGGCUCGUCCUCCGCGGAGCGACACCUCGGCGCCUCCGUCUCCAGGACUCGACGGUGAAAGAGGACGGCUGUCAAACUGACCACAGAAGAGGACAUGAAAUGGUCUGGUCCAAGCUGCCGCUGCACAUGGUAGAAUAAAGUCCUAAACGUUGUUUGCUGAGUUUGACCUUUGGAGAGAGGCAUCAGCGUCGAGGAUGGAGCUGCAGCACUACUCCAACUCCAACCAGGCCUGGAGGAACUUCCAGGACGACUGCUCGCUGACGCUGAGCGGCACCACCUUCCUCAUCGUGGCGUACAGCGCCGUCCUGGCGGUGGGGCUGAUCGGGAACUCCUGCCUGGUCUUCGUCAUCCUGCGUCACAAGGAGAUGCGCAACGUCACCAACGUCUUCAUCGCCAACCUGUCGGCCUCAGACAUCCUCAUGUGCGUCAUGUGCCUGCCCGUCACCAUCAUCUACACCCUGAUGGACCGCUGGGUUUUGGGGGAGGCCCUCUGCAAGCUCACGCCCUUUGUUCAGUGCAUCUCCGUCACCGUGUCCAUCUACUCCCUGGUGCUCAUCGCGCUAGAGCGCUACCAGCUCAUCGUCCAUCCCACUGGAUGGAAGCCGGCUGUCAGCCAGUCCUACGUCGCCAUUGCAGUCACCUGGCUGACAGCCAUCUCAGUGUCUGUGCCUUUCCUCACGUACAACGUUCUGGACGUGCCGCUGCAGAGCCCCAACAUCUCCUUCCUGCUCAGCGAGCAUCUGGUCUGCAUGGAGAGUUGGCCCUCGGUGGAAAGGCGCAGAGCUUACACCACCUUCCUGCUGGUGUUCCAGUACGUCCUCCCGCUCCUGCUCAUCGUUGUGUGCUACCUGCACAUCUACCAGCGGCUGAGGAGGAGGAAGGACAUGGUGGAGCGCGGGAGGAACCUGACCGAGAAGAAGAGCAAGUGCUCCACCAGGAUCAACAUCAUGCUGGUGUCAGUUGUGGUGGCGUUUGCCGUCGCUUGGCUCCCUCUCACCAUCUUCAACACGGUGUUCGACUGGAACCACGAGGCCCUGCCCUCCUGCGGCCACGACGCCAUCUUCUCCUUCUGCCACCUCACAGCCAUGGCCUCCACCUGCGUCAACCCAAUCAUCUACGGCUUCCUCAACAGCAACUUCCAGAAGCAGCUCAAGUCCACGCUUCUGCGAUGCCGCUGCUGGGGAGUGGCAGAGAGGUACGAGAGCGUGCCCCUCUCCACCGUCAGCACCGAGGCCACCAAGGGCUCCUUCCUCAGCAACGGAUCUAUCACCUUCAACGCGUAAACCCCUGCUUUUUUGCUGUACACAGAGGAACUUCUGGGGCCUCCCCAGCCCUCUUUGUGUCACCAUCUGCAGCAGCACUUUCCUGUGGAGAAAGAAAGACGUGAUAUAUGUCGCUGAAAACCACUUGGAAAAGCAAACUGAUGCCCUGAGAGGUUUUAUGGAGAUUAACAAGAAGAUUGUAUAGUCGAUAAUGUCCCCCUCAUGAUGUAUCAUUUUGUGUUUUUAUCACUAUAGAUGAAAGAUUGUUUCCAUGUCCAAUUGUGAGUGUGACUCCGAGCGCCGGACAAAUAGAUGGUGUGUGGAGCGUGAAGUGUCGGCGAUUAUCGGCGGAGGAGUCGUCAGAUGAAGGAGAGGACAUUACAGCCGCGUCAAAUGUGACUCCUGACGUUCAUCCGGCGGAUUCUCCCGCAUUAUCUUAAUGUGUCUCCUGCCACCUGGAAUCGGCAGGAAGGGUGGAGCAAUUUGGUCGGGGGCAGUUGACGGAGAGCCUAUUGCGCUGGUGGGAACAGUUUAGGUGAUAAGCUGCUCAGUGCUACAGUUAUCAGGAAUGGCGGUGAAGCCGCCGAGGUCUCGUACUGUACAGAACCAUUUGAACAAAGCCGUCGCCUGAAAACGCGGCGAAUCACUUUGGGCCCCGGGGGGGAAGCAACGUGUAGCAUAGCGGAUAGAAACGUGUUGUUUUUAAAUUGUCAAUGGCAUUAAAAUGUUUAUUAUC